CUUCUCCCUCCUCUCUUGCCCUCUCUUCUCUUUUCUCAAUUCUCUCUAUUGAAACUCUUUUCUCUCUCUCUCAGUGGCUUGAAAAUGGCUUCUGCACAGGGCUACCCGCUGCUUUGCUUGGAGAAUCCAAUUUUGGAUAUCCAGGCUGUAGGUGACAAGGCACUCUUAGACAAGUAUGGCCUUAAGGACAACGAUGCCAUUCUCGCAGAGGAGAAGCAUAUGGGACUCUACGAUGAGCUACUCGGCCGCAAUGCCAAAAUAAUUGCGGGUGGAGCGGCUCAGAAUACUGCCCGUGGUGCUCAGUACAUGCUUCCCGAUAACUCCGUCGUUUACAUCGGUUGUGUUGGACACGACAAAAACGCCGAGACUCUCAAGGAAGCCUGUGAGAAGGCUGGUGUUCACACCGAAUACCGUGUCGAUGAUGUUCAGCCUACCGGAAAAUGUGGUGUCGUCAUUACGGGACACAAUCGCAGUAUGUGCACACAUCUUGCUGCGGCUAACGAGUAUAAGAUCGAGCAUCUGAAGCAGCCACAUGUCUGGUCUUUGGUUGAGAAGGCCCAGGUCUACUAUGUCGGUGGAUAUCAUCUCACUGUUUGCGUUCCUGCCAUCUUGGCCCUGGCCGAGGAGGCUGCUGCGAAGAACAAGAUCUUUAUGCUCUCGCUCUCUGCCCCCUUUAUUCCUCAGUUCUUCAAGGAUCAACUCGAUAGCGUGACUCCUUACACAGAUUAUAUCUUUUGCAAUGAGACUGAGGCUCGGGCAUUUUCUGAUAGCCAUGGCUGGGACACGCAUGAUAUUCAUGAAAUCGCGAAGAAAUUGAGCCAACUGCCAAAGAAGAAUUCUUCCCGCCCUAGAGUGGCCAUCAUCACUCAGGGCACCUUGCCCACUGUCAUCGCUGUCGGCAAAGCCAGCGGUGAGGUUGAUGUCACGGCAUUCCCUGUGCGGGAGAUCCCCAAGAGCGACAUUGUCGACACUAAUGGUGCUGGGGAUGCAUUUGCUGGUGGUUUCGCUGCUGGAAUUGUUCAGAACAAGUCUGUCCAUGAGUCUGUGGAUAUGGGUAGCUGGCUGGCAAGCCUUAGCAUUCAAGAGUUAGGUCCUUCUUUCCCAUUCCCCAAGAAGACCUAUGUCCCGUCAAGGCAGUAUUAAACAACGCCUUCAGACCUCGAAAACGGGCGAGCAGGCUUAGCUUAGCCCCAAUAACUAUUGCGGCCACACCUCGAUUUUCUUCAACCCUAUAUCGCACCCAUGACUUAACGUCAUUCGGACAUGGACGAAUCUUCUGCAUUUCAGUUUUCGGGAACAACAUGCUACCUAUUAUGAUAGAGGGGAAAAGGGGGCAGAAAAGGGCGUUCUCAACAACGAAUUUUGUUUUAUUAUUUUCAAUGAACUUUGAUUCAUGAUUUGGCUUGCAGGGUCUUGGUUUAUAUACCAUUACUGUACUUUCAACAUUUAUGAUGUCUUCAACGGCAUAUGUGAGGUUUUUCUUUCAACAUUGGUUGGGAAUGCAGAAAUGAUGAAUGUUUGAUUUCAAAAUAGAAUAAACAAACUGUCAGGCGAAAAGACUUCAGUCUUCCUUUCUUUUCAGACGUACGCAGUAUUAAC